CGACGACUGUGCCCCGACUCCUUGUUUAAAUGGUGGUGAAUGCUUAGACGGUGUAAACUCUUUCACUUGUUCUUGUGCUGCAGGAUAUGAAGGGGAUACCUGUAGUCAAAUUCUUUGUACAGUUUCUGGAAUGGUGCCGUUUGCAACAGGACCUACCGACGGAAGCUACAAUCACAUGGAUAAUAUAAUUUACUCUUGUAACCGUGGAUAUGAAGUUCAAUCUGGAAACCUGGAACGUUCAUGUCAAGCUGACGGAACAUGGAGCGGAAGUACUCCGGUUUGUGUGGGGGUUAAGUGUCAAGACCCAGAAAAUGGGCAGUUUACAGAAGAACAAACGUCAUCUGGCUAUAGCUUUCCGGAUACGGUAACAUACUCUUGUAUAUUUGGAUAUGAAGUACAGUCUGGUGAUCUCGAACGUUCAUGCCAAGCUGAUGGAACAUGGAGUGGAAAUGCUCCAGUGUGUAAAAUGACCGUAGACUAUUUUUGUGAGGCUCUUUUGGAAACAUUGGAAAGCAAAGGAAAAUCCAAGGAGAGAUCGGCCGAAAAUCCUGAUGAAAGCUCUGAGAUUGAUACCCGGGGAAAAGGUAAAGCCAAUGGCAAAUGGAAAGGAAAUUGGAAGAAAGGAAGAAGAUGUGGUUACUAUAAAGCACUCGAAGCUUUGAUAGCAGAAACAUGCCUACUGUCAUAAGGCUCAGCUCCUGUCGAACCCAAUUUUGUGUAUAACUUACUUACUUGUUACUAUUCAAAAGCUUUACGAUUGAAAAAAGAAUUACGACAACACCCUAAUAUAUUAUUCUUCAUUGGUUUACAUUGAUGUACAUUAAAAAAUAUAUACCUGUAGAUUAUGAUACUUUUUACAUUGUCUAAAUUUCUCACGAAGUGUACCAACUGAAUUGUAGUGGUUAUAAAAACAUGUUUAUCUAUCAAUAAAUUAAUAUCAUGUUGAACGGGUUGA